UGGCCUCAUGUUGCAGGAGCUCAUUUGACACAACAGAAGUCUUGGCAGAAGAAUGCUCUUUCCCGCAGGCCAGCUGGCUGUGAGCGCAGGGAUAUGGAUGUCCCCUAAGUGUGGAUACCUCUUUUCGCUCCCUAUCCUUCUUUAUCUUCUUCAGCUUUUAAGCACUGGCGCAUCUUGGCCAAAUGUUUUUAGGUCGCAGGAGGAUAAGUGUCCCGGCCCACAGUGGAACGCCAUGUGUCGUACCUGCUGUGAGUACGAGCAGAUUGCAUGUAAGUGCCCAUCUCAGGGAACAAAAGUGGGCUACGCUGUACCCUGCUGUCGAAAUGUUCUGGAUGAGUGUGACCCCUGCAUCCUACACCAGGGUUGCAACAUUUUUGACAACUGCAAGACUUGCAACAAUGGCACCUGGCAGGCCAAGGAUAAUUUCUACAUCAUCGGCAGGUACUGCACAGCAUGUCGUCAAGGAUGGUCUGGUGGAGACUGUCUCACAUGUGGAGAAGUUAUACAGAGACCCCAGGGUCAUGUGACUUUAGAGAGUUAUCCAAUCAAUGCCAAAUGUGAAUGGACACUACAAGUCGGCAGAGGAGCAACGAUGGAACUCAGGUUCUCAAUGAUUAGCCUGGAAUCUGACCAUAGUUGUCGAUAUGACUAUGUUGAGGUGCGGGAUGGGGACAGUCUGAAGUCACCUGUGAUUGGCAGAUACUGUGGGGAUGAUAGCCCUUCACCAAUCAGAAGCUCUGGAAACUCUCUGCAUAUUCUUUUUGUGUCAGAUGGCUACAAUAACUAUGAUGGAUUUUUUGCCACAUUCCAAGAAGUAUCAGGGCAAACACCCCCUCUCUGUGCAACCCCCCAGAAGCCUGCACACGGAGAUCUCUUCCUGCGGUACAAGGAAGGUGACAUCCUCAGCUCGGUUCAGUACCUUUGCUAUAAACCGUACCAGCUCAAGGGAGCAUCUCAGCGGGCAUGUCUUCCCAAUGGCACUUGGAGUGGAAGUGCUCCUGUGUGCAUAAAGGAAGUGAUCAUAAAAGAAUGCCCCACUCCACCACAAGUCCACAAUGGAUAUUCAGCAGAGGUUUCAGGCUCUGAUGGCAGAAUAAAAUAUGUGGAAUAUUUCUGCAAUAAUACAUACAUUCUCAGUGGGGACUCGAAAAGAACAUGCCAGAAGAAUGGGACCUGGAGCGGCAGUCAGCCCCUCUGUGUCAGAGCCUGUAGAGAACCUAAAGUUUCAAAACUUGUGCGACAGAAGGUUUUAAAAUACCAACCUCCAUCCAGGAAAAGUCCAGUCCACAAGCUGUACUCUGCAUCCAGUCAGGGAGGGACUGACGCAGACUUGCUGGGGAAAGUUUUUCCUGUUUUCGGAGAUUUGCCAUCAACUUUCCAUCAUGUGUAUACCAGCAUAGAAUAUGAGUGUGUUUCAACGCUUUACAAGCCCUCUGGUAGUGCACGUCGCACAUGCCUAAAGACUGGCAAGUGGAGUGGUCGUCAUUUCUCCUGUUCACCAGUAUGUGGUAAGUUGCCACCUGCCAGUCCCCAAAAUUUAACAGAGAUCCACUGGCCAUGGCAUGCUGCCAUAUAUGCCCAUCUGUACAAUGCCAGUCCUCUUAUGGCAAGGACCAAAAGACGGGGGGACACGUUUGCCAUAGAUGAGGAAGAAGAGGGGGAGGGGGAGGAGGAAGAAUGGGUAAAGAAGGACCAGAGAUGGCAGCUUGUCUGCAGCGGGGCUCUGGUGAACCAGCACUGGGUCGUGGUGGCUGCUCAUUGUGUGGCGGAGCCUGGACGAACUGAAGCUCUCAGUGCAGAGGAUCUAAAUGUAGUGAUGGGGAAACGUUACCUCAGCGACCUCAGAGAGAACAAGAGACUACAGCACAUACAAAUUGCUCAGAUCUUGAUCCAUCCAAACUACGAUCCACAUGUCUUAGACUCCGACGUGGCCAUUCUGAAGCUGGUGGACAAAGCUCGAAUCAGUGAGUACGUGUCCCCUGUUUGCCUGCCGUAUCUGCAGGGUGGCGAGAUCACUGCAAAGCAGGCAGUCCUCACUGGUUGGCCCGUGUCAGGCCAACACGGGGCACACACAGACUCCGAGUCGGUCCGGACCGGACUGAUAGAUGUAGCUGAUGUGGUGAAGUGCGAAAAACAAUAUGGCAAACAUGGUGUCCCGAUAAGUAUGACUGACAACAUGCUAUGUGGACGGCAACAUCCACUCAGCCCAUCUAUGAUCUGCCCUUCUGAAACUGGAGGGAUCAUCCUUUCACCCUCUGCUGACUCCCAACUCACUUUAGGGCUGGAGACUUUUCACCCCAGUGGAGCAGAGCACACUGAUUCUAAUCGUUCUUGGGAACUGCUGGGGUUAGUGAGCUUCGGAUAUGAUCUGCAGGAUUGUAAUCCAAAUCUGUAUACCAUCUACACACGGGUAGCUAACUUUAAGAACUGGAUUGAAAAGAACAUUGCAUAGAGCUCUAGAUCAAAUAUUGUAGAGCAAUUGUCUGUACAGCAUUUUCCAUGUUCCAGAUCAAGACAGUGGAGAUGAUGUAUUUGUCCUUUGACUUUUCUCUUUCCUUUGAUAGUGAAUUGUUCUGGCAGAAAUUAUAUUGCACAAAAAUCAUAUGUUUAUUGAUUAGAAGAGGUGUGGCACUUAGAUUUCACAACUAGUUUAUGGCCUUGCGUGUGGGUGAGGAUAUGUAUUUGCAUGGUAAAAUGAAGAGGAAGCGUUCCAUGUGAAUUCAGUAACUAGGUUUGCAGGCCUUAGCUUGUCUUUGGUCUCUCUUCAAGAUGUUUCACAACCCAAUUUGCUCAUACUUUUCACACAAUCAAUAUACAGUACAUGUAUUUACACUUAUCUUUUGUGCAGCCCUUGUCUACUAAAAUUGGGACUCUGUAUUUAUUAUUCAAAAUGUUUUAA